UCACCGAGCGCACGACAGGCACUAGCUAGCGACAUAGAACUACUAUAGGAUCAGACGCAAGUCUGGAGUCAGGCUGCUAGCGCAAAUCCUUUUCCUUAUUUUGUAUUUAUUGGUCCUUAUUUUAACCUGGACAGAACGCUGAAUUUAGAACUGGAGAUCUAAUCACUGAACUAAACAUUUGGAUGAUUCGAGUCCAUUGACAUUUAUAUAGGGAUAGAAAUAGUGUCCAGGUCCUCCCCAAAUAUAGCUAUUCCGUACGGAGGAACACAAGACGCGCAUACUCACAAGCACAAGUGGCUUGCUUGAACCAGCAUCGUGGCUACUUUUACAGCAGUGGCAUGUUCGAGGGAUAAAGCGGACAAAAUUGAACUCCCACCUAAGGAGGAUUCAAUGAAAAUGUCUGUCUGCGUCCACGAGAACCGCAAGUCGCGUGCCAGCACCGGCUCCAUGAACAUCUACCUGUUCCACAAGUCAUCGUAUGCCGACAGUGUCCUCAUGCACCUGAACACGCUGCGGCAGCAGCGUCUCUUCACCGACGUCCUCCUCCAUGCCGGGAGUCGCUCCUUCCCCUGCCACCGUGCUGUGCUGGCUGCCUGCAGCCGCUACUUUGAGGCCAUGUUCUCUGGCGGGCUGAAGGAGAGCCAGGCCAGCGAGGUGGACUUCAGGGACUCCAUCCACCCGGAGGUCCUGGAGCUCUUAUUAGACUAUGCUUACACAUCCCGGGUUGUCAUCAAUGAGGAGAAUGCAGAGUCCCUCCUUGAGGCCGGGGACAUGCUGGAGUUCCAGGACAUUCGGGACGCCUGCGCCGAGUUCCUGGAGAGGAACCUGCACCCGUCCAACUGCCUGGGCAUGCUGCUGCUUUCCGACGCCCACCAGUGUACGAAGCUGUCUGAGCUCUCCUGGGGCAUGUGCCUCAGCAACUUCCCCACCAUCUGCAAGACAGAGGAUUUCCUCCAGCUUCCCAAAGACAUGGUGGUGCAGCUCCUGUCCCACGAAGAGCUGGAGACAGAGGAUGAGAGGCUGGUCUACGAGGCUGCCCUCAACUGGGUCAACUACGACUUGGAGAGGAGGCACUGCAACCUGCCUGAGCUGCUGCAGACCGUCCGCCUGGCUCUACUCCCUGCCAUCUUCCUCAUGGAGAAUGUGUCCACAGAGGAGCUGAUCAAUGACCAGUUGAAGAGCAAGGAGCUGGUGGACGAGGCUAUCCACUGCAAGCUGAAGAUCCUUCAGAACGAUGGUGUGGUGAAAAGCCCCUGCGCCCGGCCCAGGAAGACCAGCCACGCCCUGUUCCUGCUGGGAGGACAGACCUUUAUGUGUGACAAGCUGUACCUGGUGGACCAGAAGGCCAAGGAGAUCAUCCCCAAGGCAGACAUCCCCAGCCCCAGGAAGGAGUUCAGCGCCUGCGCCAUCGGCUGUAAUGUCUAUGUGACUGGCGGGAGGGGCUCAGAGAAUGGUGUGUCCAAAGACGUGUGGGUCUACGACACCUUGCACGAGGAGUGGUCCAAGGCGGCGCCCAUGCUCAUCGCUCGCUUUGGCCACGGCUCGGCCGAGCUGAAACACUGCCUCUACGUAGUUGGAGGACACACGGCCGGCACUGGCUGCCUCCCCGCCUCGCCCUCAGUGUCCCUGAAACAGGUGGAGCAGUUCGACCCGGGGGCCAAUAAAUGGACCAUGGUGGCGCCGCUGAGGGAGGGUGUGAGCAACGCAGCGGUGGUCAGCGUAAAGCUGAAACUCUUUGCCUUCGGAGGCACCAGCGUCACCCACGACAAACUACCCAAGGUGCAGUGCUAUGACCCGCAGGAGAACCGCUGGACGGUGCCCGCCUCCUGCCCACAGCCCUGGCGCUACACCGCCGCUGCUGUCCUUGGAAACCAGAUAUUUGUGAUGGGUGGGGACACAGAGUUCUCAGCGUGUUCGGCCUAUAAGUUCAGCAGCGACACGUACCAGUGGACUAAAGUGGGAGACGUGACAGCCAAGAGAAUGAGCUGCCAGGCCGUGGCGUCAGGUAACAAACUGUACGUGGUGGGGGGCUACUUUGGCACGCAGCGGUGUAAGACUCUGGACUGUUAUGAUCCGACACUGGACGCGUGGAACAGCAUAACUACCGUACCCUACUCCCUCAUCCCAACAGCCUUCGUCAGCACCUGGAAACAUCUCCCUGCCUGAGCUGCAAGGGAUCCUGGGAUAGCCUGACACCUCCAUCCCAACCCCCCUCCCAUGAGAUUUCCCUGUUUUGCAUCAUCCACUGGAUUGGAACUUCCUGUCUGUGCAAAAAAAAAAAAA